UCACACUUAUACGGUUCGAUUCGGUUCGGUGCGUAUUCGAUUCGUUUUCGGAAGCCGCCGGAAAAGUGUGAAACGGUGAUACGGUGUGUGUUCGGUACCUAAUAGAUAACUGAUAGAACCGAAAAGCCCCUCGACACGAAUCGGUUUCGUUCGGUUUCCAUUCGGGUCCAGAGUUCACAAAAGCAAUUAGUCGUUUACACACAUACGGUUUAGUUUCGGUUCGGUCACGUUUUCGGCAAGGGAAAAUAUUAUUUCAUUUUCAUUUUCUCAUUUUAAAUUUUGUAAUUUACAUUUGGCAAUGUCUGAUUCACUUGACAUUGAUAUUGAGCGGCUGAUUACAUCAGUCCAAUCACGUGUAGUGCUGUGGGACAAAACAAGUGAAAAGUAUAAAGAUAAAUUUAAGACGCUGGAAGCAUGGAAAGCUGUUUGUACGGAAAUCGUAGACGGCUACGAAGAUUUUGACGACUCUAAAAAAAAUGAUAUCGGUAAACAUGUUCUAAAAAAGUGGACGCAAGUGAGAGACUCGUACCGAAAAUCAUUAGGAAAAACUAAGGCUGCUAAGAAAUCGGGAUCUGGGGUGGUAAAAGUAAAAGCCUACGUUUAUUCAUCUCAGUUGCAAUUCCUUGACAAAAUAUUCGAAGAAAGAAAUACAGAAGACACUUUGUCACAAAAUAUUGACGAUUGUGGUGAUGAGGAUGCCAUGGUUGAAACAGGAGAGAACCCUGUGGAACAAGUUCCAAGUACAUCGAGUGAUGGAGCGGCUGAAAAACCUAAAUCACCUUUCAAAAAACCCGUUACCAAGAAACGAAAAAUGGAUCCUGUUGAAUUAGAAAUGAUUUCAGCCUUAAGAGAACCAGUAAAUCGGCACCUCUCAUUUUUCAAAGGAUUACUCCCUUCUCUUGAAGAUUUUAAUGAAUUUGAUACAAUUGAUUUUCAAAUGGAGGUAUUGAAAAUCGUUAAGAACAUCAGGGAGCGGAAGUAUCAGCAGCAGACACAACCGGUCUACAACCAACAUCAUCCACCUUUAUGUAGUAGUUCAGUUUCCCAGCUACAAACUGAACCGCAAAUAUCCGCUGGUCAAUACUAUGAGAAAACUGCCCACUAUCUUUCAAGCCCAAACCCUAGCUACAGCUCCCAUUCGGUUUCCGAUGAUAGUUCAGAUUAUUUAUUUAAUUUAAAUUGAAAUAUGUAACCAAAUAUAUUAUAUUAUAUAAUUAUAAUAUUUAAUUUCGUUAUUUAUUUGUAAUUUCAAAAUAUAAUUAUCAAAAUAUUAUUUUAUUUCAAAAUAAAUGUAUUUCUGUUUAAUUGUUCAUUCUAAUAAUUGAUCUUAUUGACUUACCUCAAAGUGAUGGCUAACAUCUGAACUGGUUGAAUACAUUCGCGCAUAAAUGUAUCUUGGCGUUGAAUACAGUCCUUUAACUUCAAAUGUAAUUCAUCAAAUGAUGUCGUAGACAUCCUAAAAUAAUUUGAAAAUUUGUCUUCGUGCUCCCUUAAUUUUGGAAAAAGGGUAUAAAAUGCACCAAAUUCCACCCGUUUGGUGAGGAUAGGGUGUACCCAGUGCAGCCGAUUAUUCCUCUUUCGUUUUUUCAUUCUUCUAUAGAGAAAUAACAUGGCAGCUAUUUGUCUUUUCUCCAUAGUGAGCAUUGUGGGAAAAGUGAGUGACUGCGUAUUCGAUGAUUCGGUCGUGAAAUCAAACCUUAUACUAACCGAGUGUGUGUGAAGAGUUUUCAUUCGUUUUAGGCGCUACCGAAAACGAAUCGAAUACGCACCGAACCGAAUCGAACCGUAUAAGUGUGAAACGA